ACGCCACUUUGACUAGGAUGCGGGGCAGGCCCAAGGAUCACUUGGUCAAUGGUGGCUAUCAUGGUACCUGAGCCAUUGAUCAGGCGCAAGCGCUGGACUCGAGCCAAAUGCAAGAGGGCGUCAGGAGCCGGGUCACGGGGCUGCCCCUUGCCGCAAAAAGUGGACAGCAUGGAGCGGAGGCCAGCCUGCCGGCAUGCAGGCGGAUCAACUUGCACGUUUAGUUGCUUGAUGGCAGGAUAGAAGGUGGAGUAGGCUUCUUUGGGGCUGUAGCCCGGCAAACACUGCUCCACUUGAUUGUACGAGAGUAUUCAGCAGCUACACUGGUUUGGGAUUAGGCAAGCUGGGGGCGCUCUUGUAAGGACAAGGCAGCUCCGACGUGCUGCCGCAGAAGGAGCGUUGGACGGGCCGAUUUGAUGGAAGAGGAGAAGCCGCUGGAAUGGCGGAAGAUAGUCGAGAUUCUCAAGAGGAAGGGCAACGAAUUGCUCGCUGCACAGGCGGCUCAGGCAGCUCAGCUGCCCCAUGCAGCCUCCCCCCCCUCUCAGGAAGCUGCACAUACCUCCACAGAGCCACACUCUGCAGCGAACCCCUCCACAGCUUCCCUAGCCGAACCCCCCCAGCCCACCGGUGGUUCGGCAGCGCCCCCCUCCAAAAAGAAGAAGAAGAAGAAGAAGAAGCAGGCGGCAGACUCGGAAGAGAAGCACGAAGAGCCAGAGAGCAGCGAACCUGGCAAGCCAGCCGGCGGGCCCGUCACACCUCCCUUUGUCUUUACAGCGGGGGCAAAUGGAGCGGACGAAGGCUGGGUGCAAAUGCCUCUUGGAGGGCGUGCGGUGAUUGGUACAGCUCCACCCACAACCAAUGAAGACAAGAGCGGCGGGGUGGAAAACGAUGCACUCCCAGGCAAUGCACGGGUCGAUCCAGGAACAGCGGCUGAGGGUGAAGAAGCCACAAAAGCAUCAUUGCUAGAAGCGGCCACUGAUAGAGUCACGCCCGGUGAUGUCGAACACUCGGAAGAGGCCCCGGCUGAGCCGAAAUCAAAGGUGAAGAAGAAAAAGAAGAAGGGCAAAGGGGGGAAGGGGGUUGGAACGGAGGGUUCUGCACCGGAAGCUGAGGCGGGCAGCUCUUUACAACCCCCCAGGUCAGAUCCGGCGGGCAGCGCUGAGGAGAGCCCAGCACAGGACGAAGGGGCUGAGCGCAGCCAUGCUUCAGCAGAGGCGGCUGGCAGUUUGAAUCUUGCGGAAGAUGAGCGAGGCAAACGCUCUGAAAAGGGCGCCCAGGAGUGGCCCCCUGAGCAGCCCACUGGGUGGUCUGACACCGAGGAGGUCCCCGACUUUGUGUCGGACUCUGGAGGGAGCGACGGCGAGGAAGGGGAAAGAGAUAAGAGCGGGGCACCAGAACGACGGGAACAGGAGGAGAUGAGCGGAGCACAGGGGAAAAGGGGGCCUGAGGACAGGAGCGAUUGGGAGGAGCGGUCGGACCUGUGGGAGGGCGAGGAGGGGGAAGGGGAAACUCGGAGUGGAGACGAGCGGAAGAAAGACGGGGACGAAGAGUGGGGGGAGCUGGAAGAGGACGAUGUGGAGCAGCUGCUGAUGCUGGGCCAGCUUCGGGAGGCUACGAAGACCUCAAAGGUCGCCCCAGCCCGAAAAAAGCGCCCGGCUCCUCCGGCCCCCCAAAAACCCACCCAGACACCGAGCAAACCUCCAGACACCCAGCAGCACAGACCCGCUGCCCCCCCGACCCCGUUCCGGCCCCGGGGAUCCCCCUCCGAGCGUGUCGAGCUGCACCUGCCGGCCGGCCGGCUGAUUGUGAACCGGGCGGACUUUGACGCGCGGCCCGCGACGGCGCGAUUCUUUGUGAUCAAGAGCAACAGCGUGGACGACGUGCACAAGAGCAUCAAGUACGGCGUGUGGGCCAGCACACCCUACGGCAACAAGCGCCUGCACGCGGGGUUCAAGGAGGCGUGCGCAGCGGAUUCUCCCGCUCAGGUGUUCCUGCUCUUCAGCGUGAACGCGAGCGGGAAGUUCUGCGGAGUGGCCGAAAUGAUGAGCGACGUCGACUUCGACACCUCCGUGGACGUGUGGCAGGAGGACAACUUGUGGACGGGCCGCUUCAAGGUGCACUGGCACAUCAUCAAGGACGUUCCUAGCCGCGAGUUCUACCACAUCCGGGUGCCCAGCAACGAGAACAAGCCGGUGACCAACAGCAGAGACACGCAGGAUGUGCCGUACGCGCAGGGGCUGGAGAUGCUGGCCAUCUUCGCGGCGUCGCCGUCCGUGAGCAGCAUCCUGGACUACUUUGCGCUGUACGACACGCAGCAACAGCUGCUGCAAGAAGACCGCGACAAGGCCAAACUGCGCCCGCCGCCGCCAGUUGCGCCCCUUGAUCCGUGGGACGACAGACCGCAACCCCCAGGGCCGGGGUUCAGACCGAGGGGACCCGACUUCUUCCGGCCGCCGUUCCCUCGGCCCCCGCUGGUGCCCCACAACAUCAAGACCCGGCUGUGCCAGCGCUUCAGCUCGCCGGGGGGGUGCAACUACGGCGACCGCUGCCUGUUUGCACACGGGGUGCACGAGCUGCGGCCAUUCCGUCCCCCUCCACCCGCGGGCCGCCCUCCCUUCUUCCCUGACGGCCGCCCCGCCUUCUUCCCUGACGGCCGUCCCGCCUUCUUCCCGCCCCCACCUUUUGGUCCCGGCGGCCCCCAUCACCGGCCGCCGUUCUGGCGACCGGACGGAAACGGAAACGGAAUGGGUCCCGGCUUCGAAGGCCCCCGGCCCUGGUUGGGUCCACCGCCUGAGUUUGCCGGCCACGGGCACGGGCAUCACUACCAGCAACAACACCCUGCGUCCCGCCUGCUAGAUGCCCUGGAGAAUGGGAAUGAAGGGUUGCGUCACGGCGCGGCUGGGCCGGGCGGGGAUGACGUCAGCGGGGAUGAGAAGGACGCGCAGGACGAGUACCUGCUGCAGCUGCUGACGGAGGGCGGCGCGGACAAAGGGCAGUCGGUGCCGGAGCCGGGGCAGGCUCCCGGGCUGGGCGACGGGAGCGAGUGGGCGGGGGGCCGGGAACACGAGGACGAGGAGGUGUGCUGCAUCUGCUUCGAGCGGCCGAUGGACGCGGCGCUUGAGCCGUGCCGGCAUGAGCUGUGCCGACAGUGCGCGGAGCUGAUGCGCAGCGAGCGGAACAGCUGCCCCGUGUGCAACGCGGAAAUCGAGUCAAUCUUGCCGAGAACUUGAGUACAUUUCAGUGUGAGGGGUGCGUGUCGGAAAAGCUACAGUUUUGGAAACGCGUGGCUUUUGCAGUUGCGGAUUGCUUGGUCACCAACGGGAGAGCUCGGUUAAUAAAGGUGUGUAUCAUCGACGUGUUCGUUGCAUUACAUGCUCCAAGCAAGAAGGUUGUGGAAUUCCUAAACAGCCUUCCAACAUGUAUGUUCCCAGCUAUGCCUCAUGCGGGCUGCGUUC